CUAUUCAUUUAGAAUCAUGUUCGGAACUGACAUCAGAGGCCUUCCUUGCAACCUUUGACAGGUUUGUUGGACGGAGAGGACUACCUGCUAAAGUAUUUUCGGACAACGGAACCAAUUUCGUUGGGGCCAGCCGGGCGUUACAAAGAGAGUAUCGCCAGUUUCUUCAGAAGUCCGAAGAACAUAUUGUGAAUAAAUUUGGCUUACAUGGGUUCACUUGGAAUUUUAUUCCGCCCCACGCACCCCACAUGGGGGGGUUGUGGGAAGCCGGAGUAAAGAGUAUGAAAUCUCAUAUGAGGAAGACUGCUGGAAACAUCAAAUUUACGUUUGAGGAAUUUACGACCCUACUGGUACGCAUUGAAAGUGUCCUUAACUCCCGGCCACUUUCUCCAAUAAGCGAAGAUCCCUCUGAGCUCAUUCCGCUGACGCCUGGGCAUUUAUUAAAAGGAGCACCAUUAGUUGCUGUUCCGGAAUGUUAUUCAGACAAUUUGUCGCUCAUCAACCGUUGGCAAAAAUUAAAGAUCUUACAGAUCCAUUUUGCUAAACGAUGGAAAAACGAGUACAUCUCGGAUAUGCAAAGGCGGUAUAAGUGGAAAACAGCUCAGGCUAAUUUGAAGAAGGACGAUUUCGUCGUAGUGAAAGAUGAUCUUUUGCCGCCAACAGAAUGGCGACUAGGAAGGGUUGAAAGAGUUUUUAUGGGUUCUGAUUCCAGGGUUCGAGUAGCAGAAAUCCGGACUCAAAAUGGACUCGUCACUCGACCAUUAACCAAGCUUUGUAUUUUGCCAGUUGCCUGAUUUAUAAAGCCGUAUUGUCUCUUUUCUUUUCAAACUUAACCCUAAUUUCCUCAACAGCCAAGCCAAAUGUCGAGUAUGUUCAAGUCAACAUCAUCUGAGAUUGUGUCCUGAUUUUAAUCGAAUGUCAGUAGCAGCACGAUGGGAAGCUGUCAAAAGCCGUGGCUAUUGUUUUAAUUGCCUUUGCCUAUCACAUACUCGGGAAUGGUGUCGCUCUCGUAAUAAAUGUGAAGUAUGUAACAAAGCGCACCACACUAAGCUUCAUACCGACAAAAUACAACAACAGUCAGAGGAAAACCGAAGUAAAAAUCUGUCCAACCCGGUCACACAAUGUAAGAACUCCAUGUCGAAAAAGGAACAGGGGACUAGAAAACCAGUCCAAGAAAGACUAGGCAAAAAAUUACCUACCAAUGUUUUUAUGCCAACCGCUUUGGCCAAAAUUAUUACAACAGAGGGACCCCAAAAGGCAAGAUUAUUGAUAAGCUCCGGUCAAGUACAAACACUCAUUGCAAAGUCGCUUGUACAUCGUUUAAGUCUUCCAACAACUAUAGCCGACGAUAAAGAGUUCUGUAUUGUGUAUCUUCUGUCAUACCACGACCAUACGACCAAAUUGCAGGUGCGCGGUUUAGUUAAAAACCACCUAUCAAUUACUAUGCCACCAACAUCAUCCGAUAAAAAAUUCCAAAGCAUAUAUGGCCACAUAAUCGACUUAGCCGAUCCUCACUUUUAUAAUCCCAAGGAUGUCGAAAUAAUUAUUGGUAGCGACUUGGUGGCCUCCGUUCUACGGGCUGGUCUUAUACAGACUUCAAAGAAUAUGCCAGUAUUACAAAGCACCAUUUUCGGUUGGGUGGUUUCAGGAGCUUGUACUCUCUAAUUUUGCACUGCGGCAAGAGGUGGCGCCAUGUUGAACUGUGUUCAACAAAGUAGGUUAAGUUUAAUAAUAAGUUAAUAAUGAAUUACUCUUAUAAUGAAUGUGGAUUUUUAAAUUGAAUUUAACGGUUAAAAUAUUUGCUAGUUUGCAUCAAUGGAAACCCUUGGCACAAUCAACCUCACCAAAGGCUAGAGCUUUCGCUCAAAUUGCCCAAUAGUUUCCAUCUUGAAAUAAUAUUCCAAUUCACCUUGCGCUGAAUUAGCCCUUUUGCUAUGUAUGAAAUACUUUGUCUCUUCACUUAAAAAGAAACCAGCUUACUCUACGUCCACUAUUGCAGAAAACCUCAC